UCAUCGCUAUCUUCACCAAAAACAUCAAUAAAAGACAUCAACUGAACUAAAAACGUAGACAUCAUUAUCAUCAACAACAACAGCAGCUGCUGCAGCAACGACCAACAACAACAGCAACAACGACAACAACAGCACAACAACAACAACGAAUUAUAAAGUAAAAAUGACGACGACGUUUAAAAAACUCAAAUCACCCUCUCCAUUGCUAACUACUCUAUCUAUCAUCUACAUACUAACAACAGCCACUGCCGAACUGACGGACGACGAUAUUAUUACAUUGACGGUCGAUGAUCUAGAGUUAGCUAGCAUGACGAGUAUGAAGAGGUGCACGGUUUUGAGAGGGUUGAUCCAGCAUGAGAAGUCACUGCGCGUUAAUAUCAGAAGAGACUCUGAAUCAGAUCAUUCUCUAACCACAUCUCGAUUUAGAGAUUAUCGUAAGAAACGAGACGAUGGCAGAGCUAGAAAUUUAAAAUGCCGGCCACAAAGGCUUAUCAACCACACAGCUUUCAGCAUUUCUUAUAAAGGGAUGGAAGCUGGAAUAUUUGUGAAGAGUCUAUUGGAGUUACUGAAAAAACCUAGGGAAUACUUAGACGUCUUCAAAGGUUUUACAAAAUUAAAUGCCAGCAACUCGUGGAUUCCUGCUUAUGCAAAAGAUGAUAAGGACACGUGCGAUGUUAUGACCGAUAAGAUUCUGCUAGAACUGCCCGGUUCAGGUAUAAAGCUGUCCUGCACAUUUGCCAUUCACGGCAAUUUUUUGGUUUUCUUAAUUCUGGUUGACGUUGAUAGCAAAAGUACCAUGUCAGCUGGAGAAAUAGUGGAAAUAUUGAACGAGGAGGAUAAUAAUUUUGAAAAAAUUGUCGAGCAAGUUUACCUUGGAUAUCCACGGUUUGCAUCUUUUCCAUCGGAAAAACUUGGCAAACUCUUUACAGCUGCUGCAGCAACGACACAGCAGCAACGACAACAACAGCAACAACGACAACAACAACAGCAACAACGACAACAACAGCACAACAACAACAACGAAUUAUAA